CAAACUCUUCAUGACAAAUAACGGGUAAGUACUACUCGCCCCUAAAUAUGUCCCAAAUAAUGUCGCAAUGAAAUAAAAUUUUGUUUCACAUUUAAAAAAUGCAGUCAUAAAAAAAAUAAUAAUGAUAAAACAAAAUAAAUUAUUUCCGGAAUUAUCGCGAGAGCCCAAUUUAAAAAAAAAUUGUCAAAUGACCAUUUUAUAAUUACCAAAUUUUGAUUGUCAAAUGAUAAUUUCGGUAACUUUUGAACUAAUAUCUCUGGGCAAAAUAUUAAUAUUUGAUAGCUUUAUUUAUACUUAACAGUCUGAAUGAUGGAGUUUAUAAUUUUUAGUACUGCUUUAAUUUUAAUCUCUUUGUUGAUUGUUUUUUUAACUUAUUCGGGAUGGAUGAGCACCAUAGAUAUUCAAGUAACAGAAGUUUCAACGCCAGGAACAUUCUUUUACAAGUUUUAUCAGCAGAGUUACUCUGAAUGCUCUUUGGUUCUUCGUGAAUUGUUUAAAUUUCCUGUUAUAAAAAACAAUUCUAAACUUAAAUGCAUGGGAAUUUAUUAUGACGAUCCUAAAAAGAUAGAAAACAACAAGACUCGAUAUGCUAUUGGGCUUUUUGUGCCAUCAGAUGAGAUUAGUGAUGAAUUAAAAAAUACCAUGACUGGUAUUGGUUAUUCACAUGUCCAACUACCUCCAGUUAAAGCAAUUGUUGCUGAAUUUCCCUUUCAAUUUUGGCUUUCUAUUUUGGUUGCAAUCUAUCGUGUUUAUCCAAAACUAAAGACAUACUGCGAAAACCAAAAACUAAAUGCGCAUCCUUACUUGGAGGUGUACGAUCAAAAAACCAUUUUCUUUGUUGCACCACUGGAAAAGAACGAAUUAUUUUAUGUUGACGAAUACAAAUAUUCAAGUAUUGACUAAUUCAAAAUAUUUAUGCUAAAAGGU